UGUGCCCCUGAGCCUGGCCAGGCCCUGCUGUGUCAUGUUCAACCCCGUGAACCCCCCAGUCACCAGCUAUGUUGAGCACUGCUACCUGCGUCCCCUCCAUGGACCAGCACCUGGCACCCCCGGGCCACAAGGACUUGACUUCUCCUUGUGCCAUCAGUCGAACCUCAUGGGCAGUCACCAUGGGUAUGGACUGGUGCCAGGCACCGAGCACCUGGGCACUGGUGAUGGCUCACGGUUCUCCACACCCCGUGGUGCAGGCAAGCUGGGCAAGAAGCGGGCACUGUCCAUCUCGCCCCUGUCGGAUUCCAGCAUUGACCUGCAGACGGUGAUCCGCACCUCGCCCAACUCCCUCGUCGCUUUCAUCAACUCCCGCUGUGCUUCCACCGGCGGCUCCUAUGGCCAUCUCUCCAUCAGCACCAUCAGCCCGUCACUGGGGUAUCAGAGUCCUCCGGGCCAGCAGAAGGGCCAAGGGCACCUGUUUGGCCACACUCCCCCGCUGCCCCCGUGCAGCUCCCAUGAACAUCUGCCCAGCCGCGCGGGGCUGCUGCAUCCUGCCUCGGCUCGCAGCACCCUCAAGCACUGCCAGCAGCUGAAGUUGGAGCGGAGCCUGAGCAGCCCUUUGACAGCCAAGUACCCUGAGGAGAGAUCCGAGGGGGAUGUCUCCAGCCCGGCCUCCACAGGCACCCAGGACCCCUUGUUGGGGAUGCUCGAUGUUCGGGAAGAUCUGGAGAAGGAGGAUGGGAAAACUGAGGCUGAGACUGUCUACGAAACCAAUUGCUACUGGGACGGUUGUGCCAAAGAAUUUGACACGCAGGAGCAGCUGGUGCAUCAUAUCAACAACGAGCAUAUCCAUGGCGAGAAGAAGGAAUUUGUGUGCCACUGGGCAGCCUGUUCCCGGGAGCAGAGGCCCUUCAAGGCUCAGUACAUGUUGGUGGUGCACAUGCGGCGUCACACGGGCGAGAAGCCCCACAAGUGCACGUUUGAGGGCUGUAACAAAGCCUACUCGCGCCUGGAGAACCUCAAGACGCAUCUGCGCUCGCACACGGGCGAGAAGCCCUACGUGUGCGAACACGAGGGUUGCAACAAGGCCUUCUCCAACGCCUCCGACCGAGCCAAGCACCAGAACCGCACGCACUCCAAUGAGAAGCCUUAUGUGUGCAAGAUCCCAGGCUGCACUAAGCGCUACACGGACCCCAGCUCCCUGCGCAAACACGUGAAGACCGUGCACGGUCCCGACGCGCACGUCACCAAGAAGCACCGGGGCGACGUGGUGCCAGGCCGCUCGCUGCCCGCUCCCGGCGUCCCUCCUGAUAUGAAGCAGGAAAAGGACAGCAAUGGCCCUGGUGACGCGCGGAAGGAUGACAGCAAACUCUUGGUGCCUGACCUGGCCUUGAAGCCGCAGCCCAGCCCGGGUGGGCAGUUGUCCAGCAGCAGCGACCACUCGCCCCUCGGCAGCACCACCAACAACGACAGCGGCGUGGAGAUGACCGGCAACGCGGGCGGCAGCUACGAGGACCUGUCCACGCUGGAGGACGUGGUGCCCGGGGAGCCCAUGGGCACCUCCGGGCUCAUGGCCCUCCACAAACUCGAAAACCUCCGCAUUGACAAACUGAAGCAGAUGAGAAAGCCCUCGGCUUCCAAGGAGGGCCUGAACUUGCCAGCCAUUCCCGGAGCCGGGGGCCCGGGGGGCCACGGCAGCUUGCCUGGGGACUACCUGGGGCCGGCCGUGGCCUCCUCGCUGGCCAACGGCUCCCUGCGAAGGCACAGCUCCAACGAGUACCCCGGCUACGCGGGCGCCGCGCGUCCUCACCCGGUGCCGGGGAACGGGCUGCGCCGGGCCAGCGACCCUGCCCGGACGGUGGCCAACCCCCACGCCGUGCCCAAGGUGCAUCGUUUCAAGAGCGUGGGCAACGUGAGCGCGCCGGGAGCGGGCCGGGUCGCCCUGCAGCCCUUGGGCGGCUCCGAGGCCAAGCUCCAGCAUCACGUCUUCUCCCCGCGCCCGCCCAGCAUCAGCGAAAACGUCUUCUUGGAGAGCGUCAGCAUGGAGCCGGGCACGCAGCCCGGCUUGCUGGAGAUGGGGCAGUUCUUGGGCUAUCCGGAGGACCAGUUCCAGUGCCAGGGGACGGGCAUGGAGCUCCAGGGGGACGGCCCGUACCGCGGUGCUCCGCGGAGCACGGCGGGGAUGCAGCUGGACCCGGGGGGGCCCGGGGACAUGGAAGAGGCCCUGCUUCCCUCCGAGUUCUCCCUGCCUCAGUGCCAGGUGAACCAGCAUUUCAUGAGCGCGUGUGCUGGCAACGGGACCGUGCCAGCGCUUUGGGACGAGCCUUCCCAGGGCAACCUGGACCUGAGCUCAGGGCAGCCAAGUGCCAUCGCCCCCACCGCUGCCAUGUCCGGGGGACACUGCCACCAUCACAGCGCUCAGUACCCCCUGCCCAGUGUUUGUGGACAGCAACCCAAACUCGUGAACUCGUGCCAGGACAGCGGAUUUUCCGGUGGGCACCAGCUAAACCGGCUGCAGAUCAAAUCGGAGCAGCACUACCCAGCUCCCGCCUCGCCCCCGUGCUUCAGCCCGGAGUUGGUGCCACAUCCCCCCGACGGCCCCAAGCCCCUUGGACAUCCGAACAGCCUGGGCUAUGCGGGCAGCCUUGCGGAGCCGAGCCGUUCCUACGAGGAAUCCGGCUCCCGGCGCCUCCUUCACUUGCCUCCCGUUCACUCCACGCCCCAGGGACCCAGUAACCCCCUGAUUUAUUACCCGGGCCAGGGUCCACACGCAGACGUGGACAAAGAGGGGCACAAGCUGCUGAGCCAGAUGGCGGCGAGCUGUGGGGGUCCUGGUCAUUACGGUGGCAGCUUGGAGGGCCUCAAGGACAGCUCCUAUCCCUACCUGGAUUCAGGGGAGCAGGUGGCCAACAGCUUGGACUCGCUGGACCUGGAGAACACGCACCUUGACUUCGCUGCCAUCGUGGAGGAUCCGGAGGCGCCCGCGCUGCUGCCGGGGCCCCCGAGCCCUGCCGGUGGCCUCCUGCUUCCCGCCUCUGGUGGCCCCAACAUGGCUGUGGGUGACAUGAGCUCCAUGCUGAGCACCCUGGCAGGGGAGAGCCAUUUCCUCAGCUCCCUGUCCUAA